UUUACCUAUCUCAUUACCAGGUGUCUCAGCUAGACAACAAAAUGAUCUUCGACGCUCUCCUGUCAGCGUUACUCUCAUUGUUGUUGAUCAACGCGGUGUCUGCCAGAUCUACAGCAGAAAUUUAUGAGGAGCUGGUAGAUGUUCUUAAAGAAAUCAAGGAACUGGAAACAGACAAGGAAGUGGACGAGGGAAGGAGAGGUUCCAUUACAACACGAGAUUACGACGAUAUUAAAAAAGCACUAUAUGAUGCAAUAGAUGUCCUUGAUGAAUACAAUGAAUUAAAACGGUUCUAUUACGUCAGAGGAGGAAACCUCGAUGCAUUCAUCACUCCAGUAAGUACUGCAAACACAUAUGCAUACACACUAUUGAGCUCCCCAGAAUGUGCUGCCGGAGGAGACAAAUCCGUCAUUUUUGAAGUGAAGGCCUGCGAUAAUGUUCACGUGGGUUUGAAAGAAGAUAAAGACACUGACGAGAACCUGUAUGAGAUCGUUAUAGGCGGAAAAGGAUCAGAAAUAAGGACGAAAAAGCAGGGAGAGAGUAGUGAAAAUGUUGAAAAAAAGGGAUUGGUUGACUGCAAAGAGUAUCGCACCUUCAUGGUGGGAUGGGCAGGAGGACACAUACAGGUGUUCAGAGCGACGGACUCAGGCUGGGAGGAAGUUAUUGAAUGGCAGGAUCCUAAACCAAAAAUAGAUGUCAACUACAUUGGGCUCACAACCGUGGGAUUCUCAGGCCACUUCAGUGCUCAAAAACGAGGUGACGAUUUAAUUAUCGAAACACCAAAACAGUUUAACUCGGUCGUAUAUACCAUGCUGCAAGACAAGGGAUUUCCCAUCGUCCAGAGACCCUUCCUAGUGUUCGAAGUCAUGACAUGCAAUGACGCACACAUUGCACUUUUCGGGAGCGAUGACAAGAACCUUACUACUGCCCUCCAAAUCAUAAUCGGCACAGACAUUAACACCAAGUCAGUCAUCCGCUCUGGCACUAAUGACCACGUGACAAGCGAUCUGGAUCAUGUAGUAGAUUGCAAUGAGUACAGGGCGUUUUUUAUAAGCUGGAAGGGCGGCAACAUACAAGUGUUCAGGCAGACGGGCAAAGGAUGGGAAGAACUCAUGUCCUUGUCAGAGAAGGGAGAGCGACCUAUUGAAUAUGUAGGAUUUACGACCAGUUUGUUUGCAAGUGGAUCUUGGCGAAUCUCAAAGACGUUUGAAAAAGGUUUGGACGCUCCGGCAGGAGAUACUUCCCCGGAAACAAUGGCAGGCUUAAAUAACAUGGACACUUAUCAAACGGAAAUUGAGAAGGAAGAGGAAGAAGCGGUUAAGUCACUGGUGGCCACCAAAUUACUCCUCGACAGGAAAGUAUUUAAAAACCUUAAAGCGUUACAAACAAGCGACGAAGCUCUGAGGCUAUGGCCUGUAUUCUCUGGCGACAAGUGUGUUAAAGGAUCGUUGACAUCCGUAGACUGCUCCGAUGCCUCCGACUACAGAACCAUCAAUGGUGAAUGUAAUAACGAGAAACAUCCCCACUGGGGGGCUGCCGGCACCUCACAGAUCCGACUAUUACCGGCGGCCUACGAUGAUGGAGUUAACGCCCCGCGUACAAAAGAUGUUAAUGGCAAUAAUCUGCCAAGUGCGCGAUCUCUGUCAACGGCUGUGUUCUUUGAUCCUUCUAAUGUCGACACACCAGACGACCCCAUUCGGAGUUUGAUGAUGAUGGUAUGGGGUCAGUUUAUUGACCACGAUGUAGGUGAAACGCCAGUCUCUAAAGGGUACCAGAGUGUGACUGUCCAGUGUUGUAAUAUUAUAGACUCGUUCAUCAGAAAAGGGAGAAAUCAAUGUUUUCCCAUACUCAUCGACACGGCCACUGAUCCUGUCUACACUCAUGACUGUAUGAACUUCGUGAGAUCAACUGCCGCUCGUACACAUCCCUGCAUACCAGGUAUACGGGAACAGAUUAAUGCCAUCACCUCGUACUUGGACGGCUCCAUGGUGUAUGGAUCGGAACAUGAUGUAGCCGACUCACUACGGUCUCCGGAUGGAAAGCUGAAAGUUGACGAUGAUAACCUGCUGCCAAUGAACGACGACAGCGCAUGCGUUCGGGAUUCAGCCAAUGCCCACUGUUUUUUGGCUGGAGAUGUCAGAGUGAAUGAGAACCCGCUCCUUAGUACCAUGCAUACGGCUUUUGUCCGCUACCAUAACAUCUUAGCGGAUAGAAUGCUUGCUGAAGAUUCCUCUUUGGAGGAAGACGACAUCUACUACAUGACGAGACAGAUCAUCGGCGCUCUAAUACAAAGUAUCACUUACUCCAGAUGGAUACCAAGUGUACUAGGACCUACAACUGUGGGCGAUUACGGUUUACUUCUGACCGAUUCUCAUACGUAUAACGACACAUUAAACGGGGGAAUACUCCUGCCGUUCACCACGGCGGCACUACGGUACGGACAUACACUCAUCCGAGACACCGUCGAUCAUGUUGAUGAAAACAACACCAUCUUUGCUUCACACGACCUAGAUGAUGUGUUCUUCGUUACCAACCCGGUAUUUUAUGACAUCUCGAGUAUCAGUAGAGGGAUGGUCACCCGGCCAAGUAAAUUGCCGGAUGCGCAUUUCGUUCCAGCCAUAGACCACCUCUUGUUUAAGAACAACCAUCCUUUUGGAUUUGAUCUUGGUGCUCUAAACAUCCAGCGAGGCCGUGAUCACGGUUUACCUGGCUACGUACAAUACCUAGAAUUUUGUGGCCAUCCGAAACCAACCUCCUUCUCCGACCUACCCUUCCAUAAUAGUUCGUUUCAGACAAUCCUGUCCACCGCGUACAGUCAUGUAGAGGACAUUGACUUGUUUGUGGGCGGUGCGUCUGAGGAUAACUUAUUGGACGGCGAGGUAGGACCAACAUUUGCCUGCUUGCUGGCCGAACAGUUCCACAGACUCCGAUACGGGGAUCGCUUCUGGUACCAGCACGAUCUCAGUGAUGAUCAAAUUGAUAAUGUGGAAAAGGUGGAACUCUCAAAGAUUCUUUGCGAGGUCUUCGAUCUUGAUGAGAUUCAGACAAAUGCCUUCAUUCUAACUGAUGAACGGAGUAAGUGUGAAGAUCUAGACGAUAUUGAUGUGGAACUGUGGAAAAAACCACCGAAACUGCAGGUUGCUUCCCAGGCUAUCGGAACUAAAGUCAAACAGCCAACCAAGUGAUCAUAUACAUUUGAUCCUACACAGAAAUGUUCGCUUUCUAAAUAUUCGGAAGUUUGUUAACAAAAGUCUCUUUCGCAUCUUGUCAUAGCCUAAUGCUAUAUCAUUUUUCAUAUAUCUUAAUAGAUUCUACACAUUUUUAUUUAUACAUAAGUGCAUUUAUGUGUUAUGCCUUUAAUCUAUAUUGCAUACGUUUAAUAGUAUAUUUCGCCUCAGAUUUCCGGUUAUAAAAGAUAUUGAAUUUCAAAAAUACCAUAAUCAAACGGAACGAAUGUAAUGCAAAAUUUGUAAAAUUAAUAUUACCUUCAACAUUUGAUGUGUAUCUGUAUCUCUAUCAACACCGUCCAUGUAGAUGUAUCGAUUGUUUUCGCUGUGCUCAUGUUGUUUCACCUACAAUCGCCCUUUACAAUAAAAACACUUCAA